AUGUUCACCGUUGAUACAGUAGUAUCGUUAUUAUUGAGCCCCACGUCGCUAAUUGGGCUACUUCUACUUUCCUUGGGACACUGGGAUAACCUUGGUCCAGAUGAUAUUGCGCUGAUAACUGGUGGAUCAAAUGGUCUUGGUUUAGAGAUUUCAAAAUUGUUGAUCGAAAGACAUGUCAAUGUCGUUGUUUUGGAUAAAGAGGAACCAAAUGAAUCAAUAAAAGACAAUCUACAUUUCAUAAGAUGUGAUUUGAAUGAUGAGAACCAACUGAUAAAGUCAAUCAAUGAAAUCAAGUCAACAAUUGGACUGCCUACUAUUUUAAUCAAUAAUGCUGCAAUUCGUCAUAGUGAAACAUUACUAGAUCUUAGCUACACCAAGAUUAAGGAUUUAUUUCAAGUAAACACAUUGGCACAGGUUAUCCUCCUGAAAGAAAUUAUUAAAGAUAUCAAAGGUUCUCGUCUUUAUGUUGUCACCAUGGCUUCAAUAUUAGGUCUAGUUAGUCCUUCACAUUUAUCAAUUUAUUCUGCAACAAAAGCUGCAAUAAUUUCACUCCAUGAUUCUCUGUCACAUGAAAUUCAAAAUGACCAAAUAAGGUUCCUUUUAGCUACACCAGGACAAUUGGAUACAAGACUAUUCAGUGAUGUUAAACCUCCAAGACAAUUCUUUGCGCCAGUUAUACAUGCUCAAGAUUUAGCUGUUCAAAUUGUUGAAAAAAUUGAAUUAGGCGAAAGGGGUACUUUACAUGGACCAUUGUAUACUUACUUCAUUCCAAUAUUGAGAAUGUUGCCUUAUUCAUUUGGUGAAUUUGCAAGAGUUUUCAGUCAAAUGGAUACAAGUGUUAAAACAUAG